AAACAGGAAUAACACGUUAUAACUUGUUUUUGUGCAUAAUAUUUUGAAUUUGAUUGUUUCGUGGAAUAUUUUUCCAAAACAGUCAUAAGUCUGUGAUAUUACAUUUCUUCUAAUUUCAAAUACAAAUAAAGAAGGCGAGGGAGAAAAGUUUUAUACAGAGAAGAUAAGACAGGAAGUGCCUGCUUGCUGACACCCCACUGGCAUUUAUUAUGAGCAACAACCCUAGCAGUAAUCAGAAGUCACAAGCCUUGGCACCUGGUAGUAUAUUAACCGUCAACACAACUCGCACUCGGGGAACAAAGUUCUUGCUGAACCAGAUGCUCCUUGAAAAUCAACAGAAGGAGCAGCACAAUAGCCAGGCCACGCCCCCAGGCUCAAGAAUAUCAACCCCAGUGUACGCUUGUAGUCCAGUAACACGAUUCAUCAAAAUAGUACCACCCAUUAAUCCCCCAGAGAAUUGUAACAUUGUCUUACCCAAAAAGAAGAAGAGGAAGAAAGCCAUCACACUCACCCAACACCUUGUCGAAAUUGAUCCUGUGCAGAACAGGGAAGACCUGGAGAAAGAUCCUGUGCCGAGCAAAGAAGCACCAGUGGAAGAGGUCAUAGAAAAGGAGAAUUCGGAAGAGCUCAACAACUCCAUUUUGUUACCCUUUGGCCGGAGAAAAAAGAGAAAGAGGAAACGCAAGAAGAAAGAUUGUGCACAAGAGUCACCCACAGGGGAUGAAGUCUAUGACGUCAACAUGGAUGAAUCCAGAGAUAUUAUAGCAGUAGACAUGGAGGUAGACAAAGGAGAGGAUGCUCCAGAGAAGCACACAGAGAACAUAAGAGUGCCUCUAUAUUACGAAUCCAAAGACACAAAAGGGAAAAACAAAAGUACAAAAAAUAUCCUUAAAAGGCAGGUCGAAAACAUACCAACUGACAAAUCACAUUCCUCCCAUAGUCCCAAGAAUAUUACACCUAGUCUCCCACAGCCUUCCACAACUAAGACUGUGCCUGUCACUCAGUUGGAGUCAAGUUUGAGCUCCCAGAAUUCCUCCGAAUUACAAUCCACUUCAUCCCAAAGCAGCAUAGUCUUAUCUUCAGACACCCCACCCCCUGAGGUCACAAAGGAAAACAGUGGCACCUCAGAGUUAACCGCUGGUACUCAAACACAAGCCAUUUUCCAGAACAAAGAAUAUCAAGGGCAUGGCUCUUCACAAAAGAGAGACACUGAUGUUCUCUCCCUUCCAAGUCCAGAGAUUUUGGUUUAUUGUUCUGGUAGUGAGUCAGAUACUCCUGAACAGAGGUCAUCAGUAAAAACACCUAAACAUAUUCCAGAAAGAAAAAGAACUAUCACGAGAAAGCAGAGCAAGGAAUCUCAGUCACCAAAACAAAGAAGAAAAGAAACUGCAAAUGAAGCAGUGCAGAACGUGAUAACUGUAAAUAUUGAUGAGUCCUCACCAGAGGAACAGCAUCAAAAAGAUUUAGCAUCACUAAAUGUUAAGUCAGUAGUACCAGUAGACGAAAAUACUCUUCCAAGAAAAGUAACUACCAGUCAGGCCAGAACCACAUCAGAUACAAACACACCCAAGAUGAAACCACAGUCAAGUGUGUGGAUACAGAAAGCAACCAGAGCAGACCUAUCCACUCCAUCACAAACGUCUCAGCCUUUUCCUGAGAUAUCUCCAUGCAGCGAAGCAGAAUACUCUCCUCUUCUGCCUGCAUCUCAGAACAGUGCCUUCCAGACACCAAGAAAUAGAGGAAAAUUAACCAAACUCAGCCUAAGUCAAAGGAAGAAGAUACUUAAUAAUGCUUUGUCACAGGAUAGUGGAAGCCCAGCUGUGGCAAAGGUCAAAAGGAAACUUGAUCAACCUACACCGCAUAAUGUCUCUGAAGGUUUCAUGCCAUCUUGCUCCCCAGAAUUAGAAAAUAGUGAGGUUGGCCAAUUUGUCGGAAGUAAAAAGUUGCGAGUCAGAUUCUGGGAAAAGGAUGAUGACGAUGAAGAAGUACGUGUGUUGAAGAUACAACAAUCUGAGCCUCCUGCAAAAGAUGUUGUGUUCUCUAUGUCUCUUCUGGGAACAGUCCCAGAAACCAGCCAUGAAAAGAGCCCUGUUGCGACAACUGCAGUUCCCAAGACUUUCCAGCCCAAACAUACCUCUACGCAGAUAGAAAAACAAAAGAAGAAGAGUGCUCAAGAAGUUCAUAAAGGGAAAGAGACAGUUAAAAUUAAAGAAACACAUCCUCCCAACAUCAUACCUGAAACAUCCGAGUCAAGCGUUUCUUCGUCAGAACAGGCAAAUUCAUCCUCAUCACUUGGAGAGGUGCCUAAAAUUAUUCCUGAUACAAAAAAGAGCAAGAAUGAAGAAAGCAGGAAUAUGAAGCUCAGGUCUGCUUCCAUAGAAAAAAGAGUUUGUUCCAAGACAUCGUCUGAGAAACAAGGAGAUAAGAAAGGCUCAGAGAGUGCAUGUCGUGAGGGAGAUACCCAGAGCAAGAAUUCAUCCGAAUCCUCCGAGCUCUCCAGAACCUCUGAGAAUCCAUCAACAGAUUCUUCAGCCAGCACAGAGAUGCUUCGUCCUGUUGGCAAGACGUGCUUGCAGAGUAUUGUUUAUGUUCUACAGACACACUUCGGAGGUUCACUGACGGAAAGCUUUAAUGUUCUACACCGUAAUAGCUUCAACCUCCUCACUUCAAUUAUGGAACUUCAGUCCUUGCAUCCCGAGGUGGAGGACGCCCUCUAUGGGGAUGAGGAAGAGGAAGAGGAAGAUUUGACCUGAGUAUGUGGAAUGGGGUAUUGAGUUAUACCGUUGUAAAAAGUGCAAUUAAAGGGAGGCUCCUAA